AUGAACCUCGAGGUUCAAUUAUCCAACCGCUCCGAUGUCGCCUAUUAUGCACAACUCAACAUUGGCUCGCCAGCCCAACCGGUGUAUGUGCAGCUGGACACGGGAUCAUUUGAGCUUUGGGUCAAUCCUACAUGCACAACCUUGGACGUGUCGGACCAACAAUUCUGCAACGCCGUGGGCUUCUACGACACAACCAAAUCCACGACUGCUGUCAAUUUGCAAUCCACGAAGACAUUGAAUUAUGGUAUAGGUUCCGCCAAUAUUACGUAUUUCAAGGACAGCAUAGCAUUACCCGGCGCCGCGACUGCGAUGAGCGCCGUGCAAUUCGGAGUAGCGACCUCAAGCAAGUCCCAGUUCUCCGGCAUCCUGGGCAUCGGAUAUGGUCUGGGUCUCACGACAAGAUAUCCCAACUUUGUCGACGAGCUGGCCAGACAGAACCAAACCAAGGUGAAAGCAUACAGCGUCGCUCUGGGUAGCAAAGAUGAGGGAGAGGGCGUCAUCGUAUUCGGAGGGGUGGAUACUUCAAAGUUCGCGGGUCGUCUGGCCACCCUGCCCAUUGUCCCAGCCGCCGACAGUCCUGACGGCGUUCCGCGGUAUUGGGUCUCCAUGAACAACAUGUCGAUCACUCCCCCGAGCGGCAACAAGAAAGUGUACCCCAACACUUCCAUGGACGUCUUCCUCGACACCGGUUCCACCCUCACCCUCCUGCCACAGGCUAUCUGUGACCAGCUUGGUGCGGACUUCGGCUCUUCGGGUGUGGAUGAGAGUGGGUUUUACCCCGUGGACUGCUCUCUGGCCGACCUUGCUGGAACGGUUGACUUCGACUUCAACGGUGUCGAGAUUAAGGUUCCUUAUAAUGAGUUCAUCCGCCAGUCUAGUGGCUCCUUUGGGCUGGAAAGCUGUGUUUUGGGCAUCACACCCAGUGAAUCGUUCACCCUGCUGGGGGAUACUUUCAUGCGUUCUGCCUACGCCGUCUUCGAUCUCGAAACCAACGCCAUCCACAUGCAGCAGUACACAAACUGCGGAUCCACCCCUGCUGCGAUAUCCAGCGCGGCAGACCUCACGACUCUCGACGGCAAAUGUUCCACCCCACGCACCAUGGUCCCAGGCACGGGCUCUUCAUCAUCAGACCCUUCCUCAACCGGGUCCGCCAGCCCCUCCGCCAGCACGGGCUCAUCAUCAGGAACCGAGCCGGCAUCGACGAGCCCAGCGGCAGCCUCAGGAGCAAAUUCUGGCUCAUCCACGGGCUCAUCCACAUCGGCGGCAAAUCUGGGACGGUGCUCACCCUUGGCACUGGCUGUGGCUAUGGUGGUGCUGUUGGCCCUGAUCUAA